CCUCUCUUCUCUCCUCUGAGUCUCCCUCCUGCCCCUGUCUCGGCCUUUCUCCAUGCGAACUCCCCUCUGGGGUUUCCCCAGCCCCUCCUCACUGCAGCCGGAAGGAAGGACUGACUGUGCUGGGAAAGGCCACGGGGUCUCCACUUCUCCCUUUUGUGGCCUCUUCCCCUGCCCCCACCCUCAGAGCCUUCCGCACCCUCGUCCCAGGGUGGCCAGUACAGGGACCGGCGGAUCUGCUGCCCCUGCUUGACUCCUCACAGCCCCACAAACCUGCCUGUGCGUCCAACCCAGAGAAAGGGAGGGGGCCUUGGCAGGGUCUGAGCGCCUGCUCCCCAAGGUGCCCCGUGCCCCAGCUUCUGCAAGGAGCCCGGGAGUCAUGGCCCCGCGACUUCUCCUGGCCCUUGUCCUCUGGGCUGGCUGCUCGCCCUGUAGUGGGAGUGAAGCCCCCACCCAGUCCAGGGUGUGGUGCCGGGCCUUUAGGUACCCGAUUGCCGUAGAUUGCUUCUGGACCCUGCCGCCUGCUGCAGACUCCGCCAGGCCCGCGUCCGUCAUUGCCACGUACAGGCUUGGAGUGGCCGCCCACGGGGAGAGCCAGCCCUGCCUCCAGCCAACACCAGAAGCCAGCAGCUGCACCAUCCCAGACGUCCACAUGUUCUCCAUGGUACCCUACAUGCUGAACAUCACAGCUGUCCACCCCUCAGGCAGCAGCAGCAGCAGCUUCGUGACCUUCAUCCCAGAGCACAUCAUCAAACCAGACCCUCCAGAAGGCGUGCACCUGAGACACCUCCGCGGGCAGGGGCUGUGGGUGCAGUGGGAACCUCCCAGGUCCUGGCCCUUCCCGGAGAUCUUCUCACUCAAGUACUGGAUUCGCUACAAGCGUCAUGGAGCUGCCCACUUCCGCCAGGUGGGGCCCAUCGAAGCCACGUCCUUCACCCUCAGGGCUGUGCGGCCCCACGCCCGGUACUGCAUCCAGGUGGCUGCCCAGGACCUCACCGACUAUGGGCAGCCCAGCAACUGGAGCCUCCCUGCCACUGCCUCAGCGGCUCUGGGCCAGUAGCAGGGGCUUUCCAGGCCCCUCCCCCUCACUGCUACCUACUCCAAGGCGGGUGGAACCUGACUGGCCUGGGGUCGCUGCUGCCCAGUUGCUGGGCACCUCGGACAAGUGACUUUGCCUCUCUGGCACUGAAUCUCCUAAUCUGUGAAAUGGGGGUGUACUCUCUCCUCUGACUGCAAAACUGUGAAUGUGACAUAUCAUUUAUUGUUUAAUGAGACAUUGUUACUAGCAUAGACUCUGCCUCCCUUUGUCCAGCAGACCCAGAGAGGAGUUAGAGAGGACGGAACAGAGCAGGACACACAUACAGUGAGUCGCCACUCUGUGGAGAGGGUCAGGGCUGGACGAGAGGAAGAGAGGAGCGUGAGCAGCUGGGGGAGGAGUGGAGGGGUUCUGCCUGGGAUGGGAUGGUGGGAGCUAUGCAGUUCAGUGGUUUGAUUCACCCAUCGUCUCAAAAGAUGUGAGCCCCAGUGUGAGUGGACACAAAGGGGACGUCAGUUUGUUUGGGAAGAUUUCUCUGAGGAGGGGACAAAGCAGCCAGGCCUGGAAGUAUUUUCUCAAUCCAUGGGUUUGUUUGUGGAUCUCACUUAGGGCUCAUCUCAGAGGUCACCUCCUCCAAGAAGCCUUCCCUGACCACAUCAUCUGUGGUAGGCAGAAUAAUACCUUCCCCCCAACUCA